UUUGGGUCCCUGCCUCCUUUCUUGCCUCUCUUUUUUUUUCCAAGGAUGUCACUCCCCUGGCUGAGGCGCACUGUAGACUGAUUCUAGAGGCUGAUCCCAUGAAGAAAUACUGGGGACAGAGGGGAGGAGUAACACUACUGCUGCACACAGUUAACAUGCUUGCACAUUGAGUUCAGCACACUGGAGAGACCUGAAGCUGCAGUUCAUCACAGCAGUACAUGCUGACUGACCUGUACCUGCGCUGUAUCUGCUGCUGAUCCACCGGAGGAACUUCCUGAGGAAGAGGCGUGCUGAGAUUUCUCAAAGACUUUUAUUUGUUUGUCUGAACUUGGAUCUGUUAUUUCCAUCCAGCUGAUUCCAGUUGAGAACAUGAUGGAGCAGGUUCUGUCAUUCAGCCGCUCUUUGGUGCGCAGAAAAGUGGUCAACAUGAACGAUCUGGAGGACUCCAAACUCUGCCGCUGCCUGGGAACCGUGGACCUGAUCGCCCUGGGCGUGGGCAGCACCCUGGGUGCUGGCGUCUACGUCCUGGCUGGAGAGGUGGCCAAAGGAAACUCCGGCCCAAGUAUUGUCAUCUCCUUUCUGAUCGCUGCCCUAGCCUCGGUCAUGGCCGGGCUGUGCUACGCUGAGUUUGGUGCUCGCGUCCCCAAGACUGGCUCGGCCUACCUGUACAGUUACGUGACGGUAGGAGAGAUCUGGGCCUUCAUCACUGGCUGGAAUCUCAUCCUCUCCUACGUGAUUGGUACGUCUUCAGUUGCCAGGGCGUGGAGCGGCACGUUCGAUGAAAUGAUCGGAGGACACAUAGAGGUGUUCUGUAAAGCCCACUUCAGCAUGAACGCCCCCGGUUUGGCUCAGUACCCCGACUUCUUUGCCGUAUGCCUGAUUCUGCUGCUUUCUGGACUCCUGUCAUUCGGAGUGAAAGAAUCAGCUUGGAUCAAUAAGGUCUUCACUUCAGUCAACGUCCUCGUGCUCUUGUUCGUCAUCGUCUCCGGCUUCGUCAAGGGUGAUGCGGAUAACUGGAGGAUAAGCGAAGAAUCCCUUAUAAACGUCACCAUAGUUAAAAGGAACUUGUCAGUGGCAGCCAACGUUAGCAGCGAUUACGGUGCUGGAGGUUUCAUGCCAUUUGGCUUCAGCGGGACCUUAGCUGGAGCGGCCACCUGCUUCUACGCCUUUGUUGGAUUUGACUGCAUUGCAACCACAGGUGAGGAGGUGAAAAACCCUCAGAGGGCCAUCCCCAUCGGCAUCGUGGUGUCGCUCACCGUGUGUUUCCUGGCGUACUUUGGCGUGUCGGCCGCACUCACCCUGAUGAUGCCGUACUACCUGCUGGACGAGAAGAGCCCGCUGCCCAUGGCCUUUCAGUAUGUGGGCUGGAGUCCUGCUAAAUAUGUGGUCGCUGUGGGGUCGCUGUGUGCCCUGUCCACCAGCCUGUUGGGCGCCAUGUUCCCUCUGCCACGCAUUCUCUUUGCCAUGGCACGAGAUGGCGUUCUGUUCAAAUUUAUGUCCAAAGUGAGUAAGCGGCAGUCGCCUGUGGCUGCCACCAUGGCAGCGGGUACCACUGCGGCGAUCAUGGCUUUCCUGUUUGACCUGAAAGCCCUCGUUGACAUGAUGUCCAUCGGAACCCUGCUGGCCUACUCGCUGGUUGCAGUUUGUGUACUGAUUCUAAGGUACCAACCAGAUGGAGUUUUGCAGCGGCCGGCUGUUAAAGGGGAAAGAGACUACCUAUCCUCUGAAGAAGGCGAGUCAGAGUUGACAGAGUCUGAGUCCCACCUCAAUAUGCUGAAGGGGGGCGGCUCCGCCCUGCAGACCGUCUUGCACCCUCCUGUCAGCCCCUCUGAGCAAUCGUCCGGGGUGGUGAACAUGUCUGUAGGCGUGCUAGUGAUGGCAGUGUGUGUCAUCAGCUACCUGACCACGUACCACUUUGAGUCCAUCGUAUGUCUGGAGGUGUGGAUCCUGGCAGUGCUGUCGGUGUGUCUCCUCAUCUUCGGCAGCUGCAUCCUCAUGAUCUGCAGGCAGCCCCAGACCACCAAGAAGGUCUCCUUCAUGGUACCCCUUCUGCCUUUUCUGCCUGUUCUCAGCAUAUUUGUCAAUAUUUACCUCAUGGUUCAGCUGAGUGGAGACACCUGGAUACGCUUCUCAGUGUGGAUGGCUGUAGGCUUCCUGAUCUACUUCGGUUACGGCGUGUGGCACAGCGCAGAGCGGCAGCGCCAACGUCAGGGUGCACAGAGCAACGGCACCGGCCCCCAGGAAAACACCAAGACCAGCCGGGAGAAGGGGACUGACGCCAACGCCGAGGGAAAGGAGCAGGAGCGUUUCAUCUGCCCGGAGAAGACCAGCCAGUGUUAAAGUUUACCAGCUAAUUCACAGACUCCGAGAGGCGACAGAUGCAUAAAAAGCACAGUCAAGCCUGGAUGCACCUGCACUCACAGCUUCAUCACGGGUGCAUCCUCAACGUUCAUCCUGCAAAAGCAGCAUCAGUAUUCAACUACAAGAUAAAGAGUCGCUCCAUCUCUGAGAUUGGACCAAAUCCUGUUGGUCCCAUUGUUGCUCAUGGGCAGCAUGGAGGAGCAAUGAAGCAGUCUGGAAACAGACUGGAAAAUGAGGUCUAUUUCACUUAACACUGAAGCAGCUGCAAAGCUAAAGCAGCUCUUUCUGGUUCCCUUAGAAACCAGAGUUUAUACUUCAUGGUGCACAUUUUGUCAUAUCUGUUCACAUUUGAACUUUAGGCCAGUUUAUGCAGGCGAGGCCUUGAAUUUAAAGUCUUUUAAAUCAAGUUUCAGAUACACCAAUGAAUGUCUAGGAAAGAGCAACAUUAGGAUAAAUUUCUCUUGCCAAUAAUCCAAGUGUAAGGACAUCGUUGAAACUAUUUUGUGCAUUAUAGUUAACGAUCAGCUCUGUAUAAACAAUCAGAAGGACAUCUUGACCAUCAUAUGAUGAGUUACAUCAUUUCGAAGGCAAACGUCCAGACCGAAGCUGAAGUUUGAAAUGUCCCACUUUGUGAAGCAUUACUUAACAAACCUUUACGGUAGCGAGUUAAAUAUCUGUAGCUGUGGUAUUUUAGUUUGUUUUCAACACAGGUUUGUUUUUUUUUGUUUUUUUUUUACCAUUCCUUGAGCUUGUGUAACUAUAAACUGUUACAGUCAGAAUAUGAAGAUUGUUUUUGGUACAGAUCUCCUCUCAGAAGAAGGAUUUGAGGUUUCUGUUGUUCACAUUCACUUGAUGACAAGUUUUUCACCCUGCCUGUCUGAUAUUUUUGUUUUUUGAUACAGUUGCUGUUAAUGUCACAUUCAUAAACUUCUCUUUACAUCACGAGACUCAACGGUUGCAAGUUGAAGUUUUGGUCUGUGCAUAUAUGUAAACAUACAUAAAUAUGUUUUGUAGGUUUGAGGGCCAUCGGGUGUUUGAUGAAACCUUUCAGAUACCUGAUGGCUCGUCAUCAGUGUUUUACACCAUGGUGUCUGAUGUGGAGAGGUUUUCCAAAGGGUGGGACAUGCUGAUGCUGUAGGAGUAUGAGUUACUGGUAGAUCGGGUUGAACAAUGUGAUUAGUGAACUUCUACAUCAAAGGUGAGGAGUCUUCCAGGAAGGUUACAGGAUGAAGUGCAUUUCAUGAAAGCAACCAUGUUGUACUGAUGUGUCACUUGUUACCAGCUGCACAAAUGAAAUAAAGUCAAAUGUAUUUUCCUGCAUUAGAUUUUGAUCUUUUCAUUUCCUCAGAGAUCAAAUGUGAGGUUAUUUAUAUUUGCUAAUUGGAGGGAUAUCUCAAAACCGAUGCAGAUGUUCCAGUAACCAAAUAUUGACCUGAACCCUGCACGGUAGAUAAAAGUGCCCUUUUUUCUUUAAAUGCUGGCGUUGUCACCAUGUGGCUACUCAGAAAUCAUCAUAUACUUUUUUCACCAUUUAUU